UUCAUUGUUAUCACUCUGCAUCAUCAUAUAUAUCUCUCGUUUCCCUUAUCCCUAACCAGCCUGAAGAAAGGUCUCGAUCCGAAACGUCACCCAUUCCUUCUCUCUGGAGAUGCUGCUUGUCCCGCUGAGUUAUUCCAGCUUUUUGUGUCUAUCUUUUUUUUAAACCAGCAUCUGCAGUUCCUUCCUAUACAUUUUUCCGUUAAACCGUAUUAAACUUUCACAACUCCAUCCUCGCGUGUUCCAGGACAUGUAGGGAUUUAUGGCGUAUUUCUCAACUCCCUGGCGAAUCGUGUGGUCGUACUGCGUGCUCUGCUGCGGGGUGGAGCUUGCCUUGUGUUUUGGGUCUGGUUACAAGCCUUUCUCUUACUGAAGACAGUGACCGGAGGAAAUGUUAGGCGCUCGUUUCAAUGCCGAGAAAAUGUCCCUCCUGUGUAACGUUUAAAGAAACUGGUCACACGCCCUUGCUGAAAGAUUCCCUUUGUUUUAUUCGUUUUUUUAAUCUCAAAAUGGAAACAAGGGGCAAUUGUUAACGGUCGAUACUUGGGGACAUCGCUGGAUCAAGAAAAGCUGGAAAAUGAGCAAAGCAAGACGGCAGAAAAAAGACCGCCCACCCGUUCGACUCCAACAGAACAGGAGUGUUCCAUCAGUGGGGGGCGAGACGCGGCACCUGGACCGCACACGCUGCGGUCCACAAUCAUUGAUACCGAGCAGAGCCCAGUACCGCUAGCGCAGCCUGACCAAUAGCAGCGGACUGGAGGCAAAUCAAAAAGAAAAUCAGACCGCCGGUAAUCUCUGAUAACUACGACGAGGAAGACUUGCCCCCUGAGAGCGGCAGAGGUAGCCGCCUGAGCCGCAUGGAAAGGCUCAUGGAACAAAUUCUCCAGCGAGACUUGCUUUGGAUAGUCAAUGAGGCACUAGAACUCUACUCGCCUCCGGAGAACUGCAUUUCGCUCAACGUACGGGCCGUUAACAGCCAAAUCUGGGGUACGUUGGGCAGAGUAUCCAAAACCAGGAAUUAAAUUGCAGCGCAUCCUCAAGCUCCUGACGUCAGCCAUAACAUCUUAUGCUCGUUCCGUGGAUGGGGUAGACAUGACCACCAACCAGCAAUACACCAUUGCUCUGCUGUGUAACACCCAAUAUGAAAUAAACAACCUCCGCAAGGAGAUAAUAAGACCUGCCCUCAAUCCCAAAUUUGCAAGACCGUGCAAAACACCGGCCUCAGAGCCACAGAUCCAGCUAUUUGGUAAAGACUUGUCCAAACAAGUAAAAUAUCUAGAGGAAGAGUCCAAAGCAUUCGGCCUCAUGAAGGCAGGCCCCGGAACGAGCAGACCCACAGAACCCAGACGGCAGUACCCCACCGCAUCCACCAGUCGACGUCAACCUCAUGAGACUGCUGAAAGCUCGGGGUCUGCAUACCAUCCCUGAAAGCCAUUUUUAGGCCAGGGCCCAGAGCAGACCCCAUGGAAAAUGCGCCACCCCCACCCAGCAGUACAUCCAGCAGUACAACGGCAGAUAAGAAACAGAAGAAACACCCAUAACUAUGGAGGAGGAAGUUUACUCAGCCAGUUUGACUCAAGAAAUUGUGCAAUUAUAGUGGCAUAAUGGAAAAUUCGAAGAGAAGACUGACCACAUUACUGGUAUUCAAAUCAUCGGUGUGAAAGACGUCAUCCUAUCCACAAUGAAUGCAGCUCCCAAAUGCACAAAUACAAUAUGGUAUUAUUGAUGGCUCUGCCCAUUGAAAAAUAUUGAAAAGUGACUUGACACCACAGUAACUUUCCACUCCACUGGCUAGACGUGAAAGAAAAUACCAACUGAAUGCUUUCUUUCUGAAAACUUUGAUUAUUCUAUUCUGAAGAUUUAUUUCAGAGAAGUAUUCCACAGUAAAACUGCUGUUGUUGCUCAGUAGCUACUAUUUUGUACAAACUGGAGUUGUACACAGAGAUAUUUUUGUUAAGUACAUAUUUUGCAGAAUUCAUCUCACACUGAUUCACUGACCAGGACCCACUUCGUGCUCUUCGUUUUUCUCUGUUGCCAAGCAGGCUUCACCAUGCCGGUUUCAAGCAUUUUGUUUAGACUGGGGAGGCUUCAAUAUUUGUUAUAUUUACUGUUUCUUGUUGUGCUGAUUUCUGUCUUAUUUACCUACACAAAAAAUAUUUCACUACCCAAUCUCAUGACAACGAGACUGUGCAAAUGUAGCGAGUGUGUCUCCGAAUUAGGUCUAUCGGAAUGGUUUGACGAGCGUUACGAUUCGAACAUGAACCCCAUCCUGAUGAAAAGCAACUACACAAUUCCUGAGAAGUCUUACAAUUGGUGGCAGAGGCUUCAACAUAGCAAAAAUGCACCCCAUUUCUACAUCGUAAUGGAACAAGUAUUUAAGUUGUUUCCCGGAGAUGACCUGCUCUCAGGCCAUGGACCAAACAGAUGCAGGACAUGUGCCGUGGUUGGGAAUUCUGGAAAUCUGAUAGGAUCCAAUUAUGGACUAAUAAUUGACUCCCAUAAUUUUGUGAUGAGGAUGAACCAUGCAAAGACUGUUGGCUAUGAGAGGGAUGUGGGUAGUAAAACCACACAUCACUUCAUGUACCCACAAAGUGCUAAAAACCUGGCGCACGAUGUUUCAUUGGUUCUGAUACCAUUUAAAAUAUUGGACCUACAGUGGCUUAUGAGUGCCUUUACAACGGGCAAUAUCACUCGUGCUCAUAGUCCAGUGAUAAGAAGGAUCAAGGCAAAUAAAGAUAAGGUGUUGGUUAUGAGCCCACAUUUUUUUAAGUAUGUUCAUUACAACUGGAAUCAACGUCAUGGGAAACAGCCAUCGACUGGAAUGCUGGUCACAAUUUUUGCCCUUCAUGUCUGCGAUGAGGUGGAUGUUUAUGGAUUUGGUGCCAACAAAUUGGGGCACUGGCAUCAUUACUGGGAGAAGAAUUCUGGUGCAGGAGCUUUCCGUGUGACAGGAGUUCAUGAUGGAGACUUUGAAGCCAAUGUUACCAAGACACUUGCCAAAAAUAACAAAAUUGUUUUUUUUAAUGGUGUUUAAGCCUGCAAGACUGUGACUGAUAUCCAGGCAAACACUACAUACUAUAAAAUAUCUAUUAUCAUUUAGGUGUUGGGACUAGAACACUACUUUAAACUCAGGACAGCAAAUGUAAAAGAAAACUAUUCCCUUCUAGUAAUGUGCCUUAAGUCUAUCCUUAGAUGACCAUUCCUUACAACAACUGAUUCUUUUUCUCCAGUUUUUACACAUGUACUAUCAUCUGGAUCCAACUGAAUCCAGUUCUCAUUUGCAAGCGAAUGUACAACAUUAUUGAUAGUUUCAUAUAGUGCACCUGUGUCGACCGGGAACACAUCUAACUCUAACCACACUCAUCUCAUUUCUCCUCAUCUUUGGUGAAGGAAGAUUGCCAACUCAGUGUGCAAGGUGAGAGGGAGCAAACUUGAUUACCUGUGGUAGAUUGAAAUAUUAUCAUAGAGUGAAAUGUCAUUCUUAAUUUUGAGUUAGGUAGAUAUGAGCAUGUGUGCAGCACCUUAUUAUCUCAAAGUGCUUUAAAGCAUACAGUGAAGUACUUUUGAAACAUAGUCACUUUUAAGAUGUCAGAAAUAGAGCAAACAUUUUGCAUGUUCCAUAAAUAACUUUGCCCAAGUUGUGACCAGGGAGGGUUAUUCUCCUCCACAGUAAAAUACACUACCAUGAAAUAUUUUCCAUUCAGAUGAGACAUUCCAUUAGGACAUUAGUUUAACAUCUCAUUCAACAUUUCAACGUUGAUACUAAAAGUUUGGUGUAGCUUAGUUUAGUUGAGAGAUACAACAUGGAAACAGGCUCUUUAGCCCACUGAGUCCAUGCCGACUGCCAAUCUCCCAGUCACACUAAUUCUAUGUUAUCCCACUUUCCCAUUCACUCCUUCCACACGUGUGGCAAUUUACAGAGGCCAAUUAACCUACAUUCAUAUAUGUUCAAGAAUGCUGAUUGAUUUAAAUUAGUUUAACUUAUUGGUGCUUUCAUUCAAGCAGCAUGAUAGAGACUGAUUUACUUAACCAAGUGUGUUGCUGGGUAAAUGUAACACUCAAAAGGACAGUAAAUUUUAAUUGUCUGUCUCGAAAGGUUCCCGAUUCUUUGCUGGUGUGUGCAUAUUUAACCAAUCUAUGCAGGAUAACUAGUUAGAAUGUCCCAGAAGGUCCUCUUGCUUUAGUCCUGAAAUAACUUUUGAAUUACCUUGGCAAUAAUAUGUGUACACACAGGCAUUGGAUGAGGAUAGCAUUAUGACUAUUACUGUGAUUCCAGCACAUUUUGAAUAGCCUGUUGUUGCUCAUAGACCAGAUUUGAACUAUGGUAACAUUACCCUGUAUUCUUAGCAUCAUGGAAUAAUAUCCCCCAAUUCCAACAGAAUUCAACUUCUGAAGUUAUAAAAACUUCCACUAGUAUUUUGAUUUACAUCUGAUGGAAAUAAUGCCACUAAGUGUCAAAGUAAACCAAAGCCCCCCCCCUCCUCUACUCCCUCUUCACCUAUGACUGCACACCUGUACAUGGUACUAACACCAUCAUCAAGUAUGCAGAUGAUACAACGGUGAUUGGCCUCAUCAGCAAUAACGAUGAGUUGACCUGUAGGGAGAAGGUCCAGCACUUAGCAGCAUGGUGCGCUGACAACAACCUGGCCCUUAACUCCAAGAAGACCAAGGAGCUCAUUGUAGACCAGGAAGUCCAGAGGCGGCAUGCACACCCCCAUCCACAUUAACGGGAUGGAGGUGGAACGCGUUUCUAGCUUCAGGUUCCUGGGAGUCAACAUCUCCGAUGACCUCUCUUGGACCCACAAUACCUCAACUCUGAUCAAGAAGGCUCACCAGCGUCUCUUCUUCCUGAGGAGACUGAAGAAGGUCCAUCUGUCUCCUCAGAUCCUGGUGAACUUCUACGGUUGCACCAUCGAGAGCAUCCUUACCAACUGCAUCACAGUAUGGUAUGGCAAUUGCUCUGUCUCCGACUGGAAGGCAUUGCAGAGGGUGGUGAAAAUUGCCCAACGCAUCACCAGUUCCUCGCUCCCCUCCAUUGAGUUUGUCCAAAGCAAGCGUUGUCUGCGGAGGGCGCUCAGCAUCGCCAAGGACUGCUCUCACCCCAACCUUGAACUGUUUACCCUCCUACCAUCCGGGAGGCGCUACAGGUCUCUCCGUUGCCGAACCAGCAGGUCGAGGAACAGCUUCUUCCCGGCGGCUGUCACUCUACUCAACAACGUACCUCGGUGACUGCCAAUCACCACCACCCCCCCCCCCCCUCACACACAUUAUUAUUUAUUCAAAUCAUUUGCUAUGUCGCUCUUCCAGGGAGAUGCUAAAUGCAUUUUGUUGUCUCUGUACUGUACACUGACAAUAACAAUUAAAAUUGAAUCUGAAUCUGAAUCUGAAUCUGAAGAAACAUAAGAGACUGCAGGCACUGUAAUCUUGACCAAAAACCAAACUGGUGGAGGAACUCAAUGGCUCAGGCAGCACCAGUGAAUGGAAAUGGACAGACAUUUUGUAUCAGGAAAAGACAGAAAGUGCUGGAGUUCAUCAGCGGGUCACACAUCAUUUCUGGAGAACAUGGACAGCUUAUGUGCCUUUUGCAAACCAGCAUCUACAAUUUCUUGUUUCUGCAUUUCGGAUCAGGACCCGUCUUCCAACCAGAAGACAAAUCAUGAAUUUGCUAGAACUGAAACAGUAUUGGGAGAAUAUCCAAAUCCGACUGAAUUCAAGUUAAAAUCACUACCUCUUGAACAGAAAACUGCACUUCCAUAAAGCACAAAUCUAAAUGCUGCACAUUUUAAGAGACAAAAUUGCUGUAAAAGAAAAUGAAGUUGUUGUGUGAUACUGUAUAGAUAAUCAAAGAGGAGAAAAUAUCUCCCAUGCAUUUAACUUUGAAUAGCUGGGUUAAAUAUGUGAAUACAUGCUUCAAAGUGGUUACAUUCAAUUUGAUGCAUAUUAAUAAUUUGGAUGGUACACAAAAUUGCUGGAGAAACUCAGCGGGUGCAACAGCAUCUAUGGAGCGAAGGAAAUAGGCGACGUUUCGGGCCGAAAUACUUCUUCAGACUGAUGGCUAAUUUGGAUGGCUGUUUAUGCAUUUCUGUCAUGUCCAUGUCAAAUUAAAAGCACGUUCAGAUUUUAUUAAUGAUAUCUCAGGAAUAUUAUGGGGUAUUAUAACAAUUUUCAGUUAAAAUGAAUUGACAUCAAAUUAUUACCUAUGUUUAAUUCAUUGGGUGUUUUGGGUUAAGUUCAUUCUUAAACCAAAGAAGUAGGAAGUUGUUAACUAAACCUAACCAGAUUUACUGUAAGUGGAAGGAUGUUGUCAUUAAUGUAGGUCCAAAGUAAAUAUUGCAGGACUGCUGGUGAACAAGAAAUUUUCUAAAUUAAAGUAUGUUAUCAGGAGUCAACCUGCCAAGAAUUCAUACCAGAUUCAACGGCUUUUAGAUCAUUAUUUUUUAGUUGAAGCUUAAUAUGAGAUUGAGUGAAAAAUAAUAAUGGCUAAGAAUUCAGGUUUUGAGGUUGAAAAGGGGAGGAUGAAGUGGUGCGUUCAUUCUGAAUUUUGAUUUCCACCUUGCAUUAUAAAACAGACCUAUAUUAUAGAUUUCCUUGAAUGUUCUAAUAAUUCUUUAUAUAUAAUUAUUGAUUACCUCUAAGCAAUUACAUUAUCUGUGAACCACUUUGUUGUUACCUUUGAAUAAUAAUGAUCUGUGAAAUUACCUCAUAAAUUAAAAUCACCCAGAUAACUCAG